AUGCCCGGAAUUGCCAUGGAUGGAAUUCAAGAAUCUGUGUCGGUUAACGAGAACGGAAAUUCAGUCACCGGUAAAGAAAAUCCGGCAGAUGAUAACUCGACCCAACAGGGCCAUCAGAACGGGAAUUCUGCAGAAAAUGUCGAGAAGGAAAUCGAGACCUCCAUCGACCAGCUUUACGAAAAUGUCUGUGAUAUGCAGAGCUCUGACAGGUCACCUUCGAGGCCCAGCUUAGGAUCCGAAGGCGACGAGUCCCGGAUCGACUCCGAACUGCGGCAUCUCGCGGGCGGCGAGAUGAAAGAGGUUGAAAUAAUCGAGCAAGAUGAGGAUCUCCGAAAGGCUGAAAAUGCCCCGGAAAAGGAUAGUACCCCGCCCGCAGUGAAACCCGAUAACCAUAACCCCAGAUCGUCAAGACGGGCCUCCCAUUCAAGCCCGAAAAGCAAAAGCCCGGCAAAAACUUCCGAACGGGCCGCGAAAAUCAAGAAAUCGGCCAUGAAGCCACAGGACGGGCUCGAGAACCCGCUGGAUAACCCGGAUCUCGGGCCCUUCCUUCUCAAGCAGGCCCGUGACUUGAUGUCGUCUGGGGAUAAUCCACGAAGGGCACUCGACUUGGCCAACCGUGCCGCCAGCUCGUUCGAAAAAUGUGCUGGCGGGCAAAAACCGACCCUCGAGCUCGUCAUGUGCCUCCACGUGUCGGCUGCUAUACACUGUGCCCUCGGCCAAUAUGCAGAGGCCAUUCCCAUUCUCGAGCGCUCGAUCGAGAUACCCGAUAUCGAGGCUGGCCCAGAUCAUGCAUUGGCAAAAUUUGCGGGCCACAUGCAGUUAGGAGACACCUACUCUAUGCUGGGCCAGCUCGGACGCUCGAUUUUAGCCUACUCAGCAGGUCUCGCAAUUCAGAGGCAGGCCCUUGGGGAAAACGAUCCUCGAGUGGGGGAAACGUGUCGGUACUUGGCCGAGGCCCAUAUUCAGGCUAUGCAGUUCGAUGAGGCCCAGCAAGUCUGCCAGCUGGCGCUCGACAUCCAUCGGGGGACUGGAUUGCCGGCAUCCCUCGAGGAAGCUGCUGACCGGCGGCUAAUGGGGAUGAUCUGCGAGGCGAAAGGUGAUCCCGAGGGUGCGCUCGAGCACCUCGUUCUUGCCAGCAUGGCGAUGGCGGGAAACGGGCAGGAGUCGGAAGUGGGCCCGGUCGACUGCAGUAUUGGGGACGCUUACCUGUCCCUGAACCGGUAUGACGAGGCAGUUUUCGCGUACCAGAAGGCCCUCACAUCACUCAAAUCGACACGAGGCGAAAGCCACCCAGCCGUGUCUUACGUUUAUGUUCGCCUCGCGGAUCUUUAUAACCGAACCGGAAAUUUCAGGGACUCAAGAUCGUACUGUGAGAAUGCGCUCCGAAUAUACGAGAAGCCCAGCCCAGGGACUGCCCCGGAGGAGGUGGCGGGCGGGCUAGCCGACAUCUCCGCCAUCUACGAGUCAAUGGGAGAAACCGAGCGCGCGCUGAAGCUUCUGCAGAGGGCGCUCGGAAUUUAUAAGGACACUCCAGGUCAGCAGAGUACGGUUGCGGGGAUUGAGGCUCAGAUGGGGGUUAUGUACUAUGUACUGGGGAAGUAUAGUGAGUCAUAUUCGUAUUUCAGAAGUGCAGUUGAGAAGCUUCGGGCGAGUGGGGAAAAGAAGUCUGCGUUUUUCGGGAUUGCUUUGAAUCAGAUGGGGCUGACUUGUGUGCAGAGGUAUGCGAUUAACGAGGCCUUGGAGUUGUUUGAGGAGGCAAAGGUGAUUUUGGAGAGGGAAUGUGGGCCUUGCCAUCCGGAUACGCUCGGAGUUUAUAGUAAUCUUGCGGGAACUUAUGAUGCAGUUGGCAGGCUGGAUGAUGCCAUUGAGAUGCUCGAAUUUGUUGUUGGGAUGAGAGAGGAAAAACUCGGCACAGCAAAUCCAGAUGUCGAUGACGAGAAGAAGCGAUUGACUGAGCUGCUGAAGGAGGCAGAAAUGCGGCUUAAGGGCUCGGUUUUGGUGAAGUGCUAUAUUACCGAGCUUAUGGGCCUUAGCCCAGAGCCCGCUAACAUGAUGAGCUUCGUCCUGCGGGUCGGGGAUUGGUGGGCAAUAGCUUCCCCUAAAACGGACAUUUGGAGUUAA